AUGAAGAGAUUCCUUCCCAAAGCGGGAAUGGUUGCACCCAGAAGCAAAUCCACCAAUGAGAAACAAGAUGAGAUUGAGGAGCUUGAUAAAAUUCCAAGCAAUGAUGAACACAGUGCCGACAUUCAAAACCAGCUCGGGCCCUCCAAACCAGCUGCAAGGCGACAAACUGUAGCCUUCCAGGAAUCAACAACCAGGCCCGGACCCUCCAAAUCAAUGCCCAACCCCAUCUUGGCUCCUUCUAUCUCAGGGCAGCAAUCUGUAGGUGUAGAAGAAGUGGACAAGGACAGUCCCCGGCAUACUUCUAUUACACACAAAUCUCAGAGGAGGUUCCUUUCCAGGUUAUGUACUGAGGAGGAAUACCUGAAGUUGGUGGAUGCAGUGUACCAACUGCCAAAGGACAAGCCCGGGCCCAGCUCUCAAACUAAUGGCAAGCCAGAGGAUUACUUGGACUACUGGCUGUCAUGGGCCUCAUGGGGCUAUGUCCACAGCAUUAUUCUAUUGGAGAUUUAUUAA